GCUUACCAGCAGUGCAAAUUAAAAAACAUUCUGGAAUUGUGGCGAACCCUUGCUGUUGCACGUGCAACGUUUCUCUUGAACAACAAUCAGGUAUUUUUUUUUUAUUUCUUUAUCUUGCUUUAAAAGUGGCUUACUUGUAACUUGGUAACUAGUAGAUUCGCUUCUUUCAUUUUGUGUAUAUUUGUAACUUAACUUUGUAAACUGGACUCGUUUUGUAUUUUUCAUCUCUAUCGUUCUCAGGAUCCUUUUGAUCACGUACCGGGCUGUUUUAAGGAUAAAAUGCCGAAGAAAGUGAUAACUCGCUUUAGUGGGGCGCUUAGGAGGAAAGUUGACGUACAUCUCUUCUUGACUAAAGUUGUUGAAGUCAUCUGUGUCAGUCUUGCUGAGGAGGAAGAAGAAAUUGGGGAAAUGAGGUAGUGUGUAAGCUUUUACGUUACGUUUUAACACCUACAUGAGCUGCAUGGUAACCGACGAACUCCGACCUUCCCUUCACGUGACCGUCUGUCAGCCCGUCCUCCCGCAUCACAGGGAAACCAAUGAGAAAAGUCACAUUUUCUGGCUAGAGUGGGACCCUGCAACCUGGUAUAUUGCACACACGUGUUGUGGUCAAUUGACAGCUGUCAAAACAGGGUAUCCGCUGACCAGUAUCACAUGGUAUCAGUAUUAGUUGCUUGUUGUUUUGAAGUUGUAUCACUGACAAGUUACUAGUUUUCAACUGAUCGCAUGCACAAUUGUCAGUGGAUUUCUAUUUUACUUGGUUACAAGUUUAUUGUUUGAAGUAAAUUAUAAAUUUUGUUAACGGGAGCUUCGCCUUUAGCCUUGGCUAUAUCUAUAUAAUACUGAAAUGAACCAACAGUGUGUGAAUGCCAUACGUUCCAUGAAGUAUUCUAACUCCAACAAACGCAGCUUAAAUUUAGGCUAUUGAUUCUUUCUACAGCCUAUGUGAGUACUUGACGACGUAUUUUGAAGAAAACGAGGAAGAAUUUCCGGGCUUGGAUGAAAUUCCCGAAGACGUUUCUGUCAAGCACAUGAUUCAUGCGUGGCAGCUUGCACUGGAUCGAAGUGAGCAAGACAUAAUGCGAAGAACAUCUAUGAUGAUCUAA